GAACUGCGAUGUCUAUACCGAUGCCUGCUCGUUCCUCUCUAUCCAAUCUUGUUCCGGGGGGCCAUGACCACUGCUGCUCGCCGUCGAAUGUCGGCCCCUUCGCCCCGCAAAGGCAGCAGUGCGCAACUGCCCCCUUGCCGACCGCUUUCACACUCGCUGGAAGCACUUGACCUUCCCACUGGUUCACCAACCGAGGCAUUAGCAUCGCUCCGCACUUUGAUUCUAUCCUGUCUGGCCGAUCUAGAGGAGCGGUUGUUGGAAGCUGAGCGGGCUGGAGCUUCGACAGCGUUGGAGACAUUACACUCAAUUCGUGACGAGGUCCGCUCACACUGGCACAUUCCCGAUAUCAAGAGCAUCGUCGCCGGUUUUGACCUCUCCAAACCACUUUCCUAUGUCCCAACUCUCUCUUCGCGUCUGCGUCGCCUGCAUUCACAUCUAGCUGACGCGGAAGUCUCGUUUGCGUUUGAAUUCGCUCGAGACGGCAGCGCAUACCACCUGCCAGACCUUGCCGAUGUGUUGGACACCUUUAAGGACGAUGUAGACGCUUUUCUAGGUGUCUCUUUCCCUUCGGUAUUCACCAGAGCAUCAUCAAAGCGAGCCCCAGACGAAGAUCCAGCAAUCGCUCGAGCAUUGAAGAUCUCGGAGAACGGGAGGCGACUACUAGAUUUGGACGAUCUUCCUGUUGCAUGGCAUAACAACCCUUUUGUACUAGGUGGUUAUCGCUUUAUUCCGUGGUCAAAUUGGCCCGCCUUAAUAUUGUCCAUGUUUCGAUUACACAACGACACGCUCAAUAUUCAGACUCAUCUCAUCCCACUUGUACUCUGGAUAGCGUCCUUCGCUGGUCUAUUUGUCGUCCCAGGGCAGUACCCAUUCGUCGAUAGCGCAAUCGAAUCGCUGUCGACCGUCCUUUCGCCGUUGACUUGGGUUCUUCCGAAGUGGAUAACACGGGAUAUUUUGCGCUAUACGCCGUUCUCUGCUUUCACCGCGGCUUCAAACUCAACGGCGCCGAUUCCGUGGUCGCUCGUCAGCGCCAAUUAUCCACCCGUUUCACCAUACGAAGCUCCUGAUGGCAACGAAAUAUAUUUCUCGAUAUUUGCGCUGGGGUGUCUGUUAGGUAGUGUCAUUUGGCACACGAUGGCUGGCUGUGCCCACCAGAAGUCAAUGGAGACUUGUGCUCGGUUGGACUAUGUUGGCAUUGGCUGGUUGAGUGCUGGGUCGGUGUCGUCGGUUGUCCAUCACGGCUUCAUGUGUGCGGAAAUUGCCCUCGAUGCAACGCCGUUAGGACACAAAGUUCUUCACCCUACGGAAUCACUGCUCAAAUACAUGAUACCGACAAGCCAAGACCCAUCCUCGUUCCUGUUUGCAACCCUCUCCUCCGCGCUCCUUGGCUUAUCGUGGCUCAUCUCCGCCGUCUCUAAUGCGGUGGAUUCGUUCCUUACUUACCAUCCUUGGGGGUCAACCUGCAUGGCCCUCUGCUUCAUUUGUGGCGUCUCUGCAAACUACCUAGCGUUCAGCGACUGGUUUAACGGUCCAGAGUAUCGGGCCUAUCGCGUAUUCUUCUUCCUCGGUAUAUCUCUCUCCGGCUUUGCCCCGCUGCUUGGUGUCGCGGCACUCCAAGGCUGGAGUUCAAUGAUCAAUUUUGUCGCCCCCGUCAUACCCUCGCUCGUGUUCUACCUGAUAGGCAUGGCGAUUUACGGCUCCCGCUUCCCAGAGUGUUUUCUGGGCACUGACAAGAGCAAGCGGUGGAGAAUCACCAAGUUUUUGGUUGAUGAUCUAGGCGCCGGCUCGCAUGCGAUAUGGCACGUUGUUAUCUAUUGUGCCAUGAGGGGCCAUCGAGACGGGCUCCGUGAGAUGGCGCGAGUGGCUGCGCAAGGCGGGUGUGCGGCCAAGACUCCGAUUGGGUGGCCAUGA